AUGCCCUUUGGCAUCAACUACCCAUGCACUAUCAUUGUUGAUGACAUUGUUGUUUACGGACGCGAUCUGGCUGAACAUGACUACAAUCUGAAGAAAGUACUUGGCCGUGCCAAAGACAUUCAUCUCAAACUCAAUCCCCUGAAGUGCAGGUUUCGAGUUCCAGAGGUUACUUACAUCGGACAUGUGUUCACAAGUGAUGGUCUCAAACCAGACCAGUCAAAAACUACAGCUAUCAACGAAAUGUCUGUUCCUACUGACGUUGUGACCUUGCAAAGGUUCCUCGGAAUGGUCAACUACCUGGUCAUCCAGCACGGCUGGCCGGAUAAGCAACACAACACCCCGCUUGAGAUACGCCCAUACUUCCUGGUUCGCGAUGAACUAGUAUUACAGGAUGGAAUUACUGUCAAAGACCACAAGGCAGGGGUCCCUGCAGACCUCUGGGACAAAUACUUUGACGACGUCCACAGGGGCUACCCUGGCGUAGAGGCAACCCUCCAAAGGGCGCAAAGCAUGUUUUACCGGCCCGGAAUGACCAAGCCUGAUGCCACAUCAGCAAAAACACCCAGUACCCCCUCUCCCGUGGCCCAUGCAGAGGCCCAGUUUGCUGUGCGAGGUAUCACGCAGGAUGAGACUAAGUACUUUUACGUGGUUGGCUCGCUUGACCAACUGACCGCGAGGCGGGUUAAGCCUUUCCUCAGAGCCCCCCCGGUAGCAAACAAAUAUGCUGGCCUUAAAGCAUUUCUAAUCAGGAGGUUUGGCCUGGGUGAUGCCCAGCGGGCAGCUCGCAUUUUCAGAAUGGACGGCCUGGGCGACCGCCAGCCGUCUGCCCUCCUGGAAGACAUGCUCACCCUAAUGGGGGACCAUGAGCCGUGCUUUCUCUUUAAAUAUGCCUACCUGCAGCAGCUGCCUCCCGACAUUCGCAUGCAGCUCGCCAGGGAUCCGUUUACCGACAUGCUGGCGCUGGGUGAACAUGCCGACGAGCUGUGGAAUUCUCGCCAUCGCAACCUGGAAGCAGUGGACGUCCUUCCCGAGGCGUUUGGAGACUCAGAGCAGCAGAGGUCGCUGGCGUUCAAACCAGCCAAAUCGGCUUGCAGUUUCACCAGACGCCAGCGGAGGUCGCUGGCACUCAAACCAGCCUGCAGUUCAACCAGACGCCAGCAAAGCUGGUUGGUGUUAUUAUCAUCGCUGCUGGGGAGCUGCAGCCAGGCUUUGUUGCCCACCCUGUUCAUUCUCGGGAAACUAAAGGGCCGGUCGUCAGCGAUUCCUUCGGCGGCCGGCACGAUUCAUCGCGUUUUCGCUUGGGAUCGCCGCAGUGGGGGACGUUUCCUCAUCGACACUGGUGCGGAAGUGAGUGUUCUGCCUCCCUCCAUCACUGACAUCCGGGCGGGCAAACAAGGCCCCCUCCUCACCGCGGCAAACGGGAGUGCUAUUCGCACCUACGGGUUUCGCACCAUUCCCCUCAACUUUGGCCGCAACUCGUUUUCGUGGAGGUUCGUCAUUGCAGACGUUUCCCAGCCGCUGCUGGGCGCAGACUUCCUUAGAGCCCAUUCACUGCUCGUGGAUGUCAAGCGGCGGCGCCUGAUGCACUCUGUCACGCUGGAGCCAGUCUUCCUCCGUACUGGUGAUCCUGUAGUACGCCCUGAUGGCCCCCUGUCAUCCGUGGAUGCGACUUUCGCGCGUAUCCUGGCAGAUUUUCCUGGCAUUCUCGAACCCCACUUCCACUCCUCCACCCCGAAGCAUGGGGUGGAGCACCAUAUCCCCACUACUGGCGCGCCUGUGCACGCCCGGGCACGUCGUCUCGCCCCAGACAAGCUCCGUCUAGCUCGGGAGGAGUUCCGCCAGAUGGAGGCGUUGGGCAUCGUGCGUCCCUCCGAUAGCCCAUGGGCCUCACCGCUCCACAUGGUCCCUAAGAAGGACGGGGGCUGGCGCCCGUGUGGCGAUUACCGGCGCCUGAAUGAUGCGACCGUCGCCGACAGGUAUCCGGUCCCGCACAUUCAGGACUUCAAUGCCCAUCUGGCUGGGGCAUCCGUAUUUUCCAAGGUGGACCUCGUGCGAGGGUACAAUCAAAUUCCAGUCCGCCCCGACGAUAUCCCGAAGACGGCCAUUAUCACACCAUUUGGUCUUUUCGAAUUUGUGCGGAUGCCGUUUGGGUUGAAGAACGCCGCGCAGGCCUUUCAGCGGCUUAUGGACUGCGUGUGCCGCGGAUUGGACUUUGUUUUUGUGUACCUGGACGACAUACUCGUGGCCAGUCGCUCGCGGCAGGAGCACUGCACCCACCUCCGUCAACUGUGUCAGCGCCUCAGCGAUUUCGGUUUAACUAUAAACGCGUCCAAGUGCUGUUUCGGGGUGACGGCUAUCAACUUCCUCGGCCACCGCGUGACUGAACAAGGGGUGGUGCCUCUGCCGACCAGGGUGGACGCUAUUCGCAGGUUCCCCCGUCCGACCACAGUUAGGGGCCUGCAGGAAUUCGUGGGAAUGGUCACUUUCUAUCACCGCUUCCUGCCGUCAGCGGCUGCGAUCAUGCGUCCGCUUUUCAACCUGAUUGCUGGUCAUCGCAGGGAGGUUGAUUGGUCCGUGGAAGCAACAGCGGCAUUUGAGAGGGCUAAGCAGGCACUGGCUGAGGCCACAAUGCUCGUCCACCCACGAGAGGAUGCCACGACCGCCUUGACGGUGGAUGCUUCGGAGAUUGCGGUUGGGGCAGUGUUAGAGCAGCUCAUUGAGGGUUGCUGGCGGCCACUUGCCUUCUUCAGCAGGCAUCUCAGUGGACCACAGCGUCGUUACAGCGCCUUCGACCGUGAGCUCCUUGCCCUAUAUCUCGCCGUACGCCAUUUCCGCUAUUUUCUGGAGGGGAGACCAUUUACUGCAUUCACGGACCACAAGCCACUAACCUUCGCGUUCGCCAAGGUAUCAGACCCGUGGUCUGCCCGGCAGCAGAGGCAGUUGGCGUAUGUGUCCGAGUACACCACCUCCAUCCGGUUCGUUGAGGGCAAAUUUAACAGGGUGGCCGAUGCCUUAUCAAGACCUGCAGUCCACGCGGUUCUCCAAGUCGGUGAGGGGAUCAACUAUUCCGACCUGGCAGCUGCUCAGCUGGUCGACGAGGAGAUGGCUGCCUAUCGUACAGCAGUUUCGGGCCUGCAGUUGGAGGACGUUGUCUGUGGUCCUGGGGGUACCACGCUGUUGUGCGAUGUCUCCUCUGGAGUUCCGCGACCCAUCGUCCCGAUCGCCUGGCGGCGCAGGGUGUUUGAGGUGCUCCAUGGCCUUGCGCAUCCCUCCAUCAGGGCAACAACGGCCCUGGUAGCCUCCCGCUUUAUGUGGCACGGGCUGCGGAAGGAGGUUGGACAUUGGGCGCGCACUUGCAUCCCAUGCCAGACCGCCAAGGUGCAACGACACGUGCACGCGCCAUUGCAGGAGUUCCCCAUUCCUCAUAAACGUUUCGACCACAUUCACGUGGACAUCGUGGGGCCGCUGCCGUCGUCCCAGGGCAUGACGUAUAUAUUUACCGUUGUGGACCGCUUCACGCGGUGGCCUGAAGCCAUUCCGCUACAGAAUUCCACCACAACUACCUGCGCUCGAGCAUUGUUGGCGCACUGGGUCGCCCGGUUCGGGGUUCCACUGGACAUAACAUCCGACCGGGGGCCUCAGUUCACGUCAGAGCUGUUCCUGGGUGUUCGUCUGCACCACACGACAGCGUACCACCCGCAGUCGAACGGCCUAGUGGAACGGUUUCACCGACAGCUUAAGGGUGCCCUAAGGGCGCGGCUCACUGACCCAGACUGGGUAGACGCUCUACCGUGGGUUUUGCUGGGGAUACGCACCGCACCCAAGGAGGACUUGGCCUCCUCCUCCGCUGAGUUGGUGUAUGGGUCUCCGUUAACGGUGCCUGGGGAGUUCAUCCCGCCGGCACGUGGCCAGGUGGAGCAGCCUUCAGAAGCUCUGCAACGUCUUCGGCAGACGGUGGGCAAGCUGGCGCCGGUGCCCACUUCUCGUCAUGGGUCCUUCCGUCCGCACAUUCCCUCUGCUCUGGAGGACUGCCAGUUUGUUUUUCUGCACAGGGAUGCACAUCGGACACCUCUACAGCGGCCGUACGAAGGUCCCUUCCGGGUCUUGGAACAGGGCUCGUCGACGUUCGUCCUGGACAUGGGGGGUCGGCGGGAGACUGUUUCAGUUGCGCGGUUGAAGCCAGCACAUAUCGAUAUCGAUCGGCCGGCGCUGGUAGCGCUGCCCCGUAAGCGAGGGCGACCUCUGUCUAGGGUACCUCCUCCUUUGGUUACUUCGUACCCCGCACUUGUUGAUCAGGCGCCUGUUCCGGGUCCGAGCGUAGUGUGCACCCGGUCUGGCCGUCGUGUACGCCGUCCUGUCUUUUUCGUACCUCGGGUACUUGGGGGGGGGUCCUGUGGUGGUCCCUGGGGGGUAGGCCACUCCUUGGAUCAUCCCCCUCGACGAUUGAGGGACAGGGGCGUAGGUCUGCCACGGGGUUUACCGGUCGACUCCCCAGGGGUAGAGAUAAGAGUGUCGGUGUGUGUUCUUGAACUGUUGUAAUUAAAAAGCUUCUUUUGAAUCCGCCUGGCGUCCGGUCUUUUCCUGACCUUGACCAGGCCACUACAGAGACAUCAUUGAGUUGUCAAACUUGAACUUGAAGAAAAUCUGAGAAUUUAUCUCAGAACUCAUCGUUCAAUCUAACACGCGCUUUGUGACAACAUUCUUGGUUGAUGUUCCAUCCUUCAGGAAAACUUUGACAUUUUCCUUCACCUUUCCUCAGCUAAGAGCCACAUAUUGUGGUCCAUGCUGAGGUACUGGUUUCUCAAGGUAUAUCAACACUUUCUCCAUUGUUUGUCCUUGUGCUUUAUGGAUCGGCAUAGCAAAUCUUGACUGAAUGGGGAAUUGGCUCCGCUGACGGGGAAUGUCUUUGCCUUCUGUCAAAUUGAGCAUUAUCCUAGGAUUGGGAACAAUGUCAUCUUUGAAGGCUCCCAUGUUGAUUCGUACAACGAGCAGAUUAUUGUGUAGCUCUUUCACAAUCAUCCUCGUUCCUUUGCAUAGCUUUGGGGGUUCCAAGUUUCUCAUUAACAUGAUCGGAGAUCCUUUUUUUCAACUCCAAUGGUGUUUGGUGCUAAUCCAGAGAUGUCAGGAUUGUCAAAUGCAGGAUAGAUUAAAUCAAUACAAUCCUCAAGUCUUUUUG